AUGUCGCAGGGCACUGAUUGGCUGCAAAUGGCUGCAAAGUCCAAGUUCUAUCAGGUUCUUGGUGAACCACUGCAUUUUUGGUGGUCUUGGUAUGUUUUGUGGCAUCAACGGAGCCCACAAAUGAUGUUUUGCAGAUGGAAAGACAGCGAGCACCUCUGCUUCUUGAACCCCUUUCUGCCUGCAGAUGAACAAGAAGUCAUCUCUCGAGACUACAACCUUGAAGUGACCUGCAUCCCUGGUGCCUUCCACUUCGAACUCCCCAGCGAUGUGCCGCGAAGGUUCCCCAUUGUGGACGCCAGCGAUGAACGGCACUUAUUCGUCCAUCUGUAUCGUGAGGAGCGGCAUGAGUUGGAGCUCCGGGGUCCGGGUGAAGAGCUGGCACCCUUCACAUUGGCUGAGGGCUCUUCGCUGGUGGUGGCUUCAGCCUUGCAGGUGGAGGAAGGCGACAGUGUCCUGGACGCCUGUGCGACCGGGGUGACCUCGCUGGUCCUGGCCGGUGCCAUCUUCCAGCGUUGCCAACGCGGACAAGCAUUGCCCCAGGAUUUGCAAGGCCGCCUGGUCUGCAACGAAAUGGUGAAAGCGAAAGCCAGCCAUUUGCAGCAGACGCUGCAGUCCCUGCUUCCAUGGCGGCUUUUGGAUCCACAGGCCAGUUUGGCGGGCCACGGUCCUCGCGUGGUGUUCACUUCAGUGGACAUGGCGACGCCAUCCAAUGCAGCAGAGAGGCUUGGCCCCUACGACAAGAUCUUGCUUGGCCCUCCGUGCACCGAUGACAAAGCUUUGCUGAGAGGUGCUGCAGGAGGACUUACGAGAUGGUCACCCUCCAUGCCCAAGGUCAGCGGCGAGCGACAACUGAAAUGGCUCCACAACGCGCUUUGGCUUUUGCGUGAGGGCGGCACUGUGGUCUUCUUUACGCGGGCGUUAUCGCCCGAUGAGGGAGAUCACGUGAUCCAGCGGCUCUUUCGGCGGGUGGAAGGCGUGUUUGACCUCAAGGUCUUGGCAGUGGAUGAGUUGGUGUCACGUUUGGUGCCCGGACUCUGUUGUGAGUCGACAGAUUGGGGUGCCUGGAUCAUGCCGGACAAGACGUCCUUUGGUCCCAUGUUCUUCAGUCGCUUGCAGCUGCUUCGGCGAAUGCACGUGGGCUGCGAAAGUCCCUCAAAGUUCAUGCAGUUCUGA